CGACAUUUGACAAAUCUAAUCUUUCGCGAAGCUCAUCAGAUAAAAUUCUCAAGAUGAGUUUGGGAGUUUGUGUGGGAUGGUGGUUCGUGCCGGCAGAACAAGCGUGCCUGUGGCAUUAGCUAGUGAUGGGGGACGGGAACAUCUGCACCUAUCGUUAAAUUGAUAUGCUGUGGUCGCAUCUUGCUGCCGCCUGUGUUCGUAAACCGAAACAUUGAUAACCAGAGGCAUUCACUCUCUAUUUGGACACGCAAUCUCUCUCGUAUCAAGGAAGGCAUGCUUGGUCACAAAAAGUGCUGGAGGGUCGAAGGAAGCUGACCCGCAGGACGGACGGAGCGAGAUGUACACUGGGCAGAGGCGUGAUGCUAUUCACAGAUUCAACCAGAGAGAUCAGCAACAUCGAUAUACAACUAUCAAAAAGAGACAAAAUAGCAGGCCCGCACAGACAUUACGGCCUCAUUUUGAACAAGUCAAAUGUUCUCAAAAUGCAAUCAUAGGCCUGUGGAAAUUGAGUGGGAUGUUUGGGCGGCCAAGUGUCCAGAACCUCCCGAAAGUGGACCCUUACCCCCUAACACCGGCAACCCCUACAGAGUCGCAGACGCUAGAACGCAGCCGAGACUUGCGUGCAUGGGGUGCUGAACGCUGUCCGCUCGACUUCGAGCUUCUCACAUUCCUCCCAUACAUCACGAGCCAGCCCGUUCAGCGACGACUACGACGAAGAAGAAGAAGAAGAAGAAGAAGAAGCGAUUCCUGACGAAAACCAAGACGAUUCUUCCAUCUGGAACCCCUCCUCUGAAUACCCUCUUGUCCUACUCCAGGCAUCUCGACUGUCGCGGGCGUAACUCGCGCCACACGAAAAUACUCGCGUAUCUGUGAGCGUAACUGUGCCCCAGAAUACCGUCCUUGUCAACCCAGACCGAUUUGGAUUUUUGAAGCACCAACUUGCACGACUUUGGACGGCGAGACAACAGCGGAAAUUUUGCACAUCGCAACGGUUGCACCAUCGACCUUGUAGGGUGGUGCUGAGGGCCACCCGGCGACCUCGAACAUCAUGCUUCUUCCCAAAGGCGGCGUCAGCUGGAAGGCUGCGAGAGCGAGUCUUCCCCCAACGCGGGCGAUAUGGGUGCUGUUGACCAGAACCCGCUUCCUUCUACUUCUUGCUAUCACUGGCACAAUAAUAUUAUUAUGGCGCGGCAUCAGCUCGUCCGCUCCUCAGAUGAAGAGCUUCUACUGCUGGGGCCCGAACAAACCACCUUCCGAGAUGUCACAGAACGAACAAGCAGCAUGGAACGCCCACCAUCACACGCCAGUAAUCUUUAAUCACCACGCGCCCCUGGUUGUCAACGAGUCCACCAUCGACCACGUCGACCUGAACCCCAUCAAGUCCACCAUCAAGGCUGUCCAGAACGAAGAACGAGUUCUCAUUCUCACUCCUCUCAAGGAUGCCGCCCCCUACCUCUCCAAGUAUUUCGAGCUUCUUGCCGAGCUUACAUACCCCCACAAUUUGAUCGAUCUUGGCUUCCUCGUUGGUGACUCUACCGAUGAUACCCUCGCUGUCUUGUCUGCCGAGCUCAACCGUCUCCAGAAGCGCCCCGACAAGUUCCGGAGCGCCAUGAUUGUCGAGAAGGACUUUGGAUUCAAGCUGAGCCAGAGUGUCGAGGAGCGUCAUUCCUUCGAGGCCCAGGGACCCCGGCGCAAGGCCAUGGGCAAGGCCCGCAACUACCUCUUGACCACGGCGCUCAAGCCUGAGCAUUCGUGGGUGUACUGGAGGGAUGUAGAUAUCGUGGACAGCCCCGAGAAGAUUCUCGAGGACUUUAUUGCCCACGAUCGGGACAUUCUCGUUCCCAACAUUUGGUUUCACCGCUACGAGAAUGGCAAGGAUAUUGAAGGAAGAUUUGACUACAACUCAUGGGUCGAAUCCGACAAGGGCCGCGCGCUUACCAAGAAGCUGUCUAAGGAUAUUGUUCUGGCUGAGGGUUACAAGCAAUACGAUACCGGCCGUACUUACAUGGCUAGAAUGGGUGACUGGCGCAACAACAAGGACGAGGAGAUCGAACUUGACGGUAUUGGUGGUGUGAACAUCUUGGUCAAGGCCGACGUUCACAGAUCGGGCAUCAAUUUCCCAUGUUACGCAUUUGAGAACCAAGCCGAGACAGAAGGGUUCGCCAAGAUGGCCAAGGCGGCUGGCUAUGGUGUUUACGGCCUUCCCAACUACGUCGUCUGGCAUAUCGACACCGAAGAGAAGGGCGGUAACGUAUAA